AUGGCGUCGACUUGGCGUGAACGUCACUUCCGCUGCUGUUUCUGGUUUUCACUAGCGGCCUCAUUCAAUAAAAAUAAAUGGAAAGCGAAACGGGUUAUUGUUCAAGUCAACAUUUCUACCUCUAAAAAGCCUUGUGUGAUGCCUGUGUGUGACAUCUGCUGUGAAGAGCUCCCAUCUGAAGCAGAGAUGAAAACCCAUCUCCUCCUGAGUCACAUGGAGAAUGUGAUGGCCUGCCCGUUCUGCUCUUUGUCCGGGGUCUUGUACGAUGAGUUGAGCUUCCACAUCAAUACCGCACACAUAGAAAAAGACUGCAAGGACAUGAAUGCAACAGUGGUUGACAGUGGACAGAAAAACUCAAAUGACUGGUUUGCUCAAAGUCUCAAUACUUCAAGGACUUCCAAUGUGAAAAAUAAGCACAAGGUAUCUCAAGUCUCACCCCCGUCAUCUGGCCACCCUUCACCCUGUCAGGAAAAUGGGAUGGCCGUUCCGAUUACAGGGACCACCCUUUCUCAGGAAACCUCGACUAGCUUGAAUAGUUCACCACCUGCCGCAGCCACAGCGAAUGGUGCAAUACAACUGGUCAGGACUACACAAACACCCAGCACUAACCCCAGAAGAGAGAGAGAAGAUGGGCAUCGAAAAUCAAAGCAGCAGCGCUUGUCCUCACCUAAUAAAGAGGGGCGAUUUCCAUGUCCAAUGUGCAGUUUGGUCUGCAAUGACUGCUUUAUUCUGCAGGAGCAUGUUGAGCUUCAUUUACAGGACCAAGGUGUGACUGAAGGGGCCGAUCCUGAUGUUGGCACUUCAACAGAAGCAUCUUCUACAAGCAAUGGCAGAUCAGGUGUGAUACGUUAUGAGUGUCCAAUGUGUUCUUUGAGCUGUUCCAGCAGCACCUCCCUGCAGGAGCAUGUUGAGCUACACCUGGAAUACGACUCAGCAUCUGCAACAGGACAUUCAUCUGGAGACCUGAAUCUGGCUAGGAAGCUUCAGGAGGAAGAGGAGCAAAAGUGGAGGGAGCUAGAGAGCAGACGGGAAGCCGAGGACUUUAAGAAGCUCCAGAAGGAGUUUGGGCUUGAUAACAGUGGUGGUUAUCGCAAGCAAAUGGAGAGGAAUAUGGAGAGGGCUGUGUCUAGAGGUCAGAUGGUUCCUGCUGAGUUCCACAGGAAAAGAGUGGAGAUGCUUGAAUCUCUGGCCUCGGGGGUGGAUGAUGGCAGAAGCAAAACAUCAGGACUUAUGGAAGCUCUGUAUAGGUACUACCAGAGGGACGCCUCCGACUGUUCGCAUGUGUGGCUCUGUGCUGAGACUGAUCACUACUCCUCUUCGGAGGGGGACAAAGGUUGGGGAUGCGGCUACAGAAACUUCCAGAUGCUUCUUUCAUCUUUGCACAGGAUGGAGCAGUAUAACCUUUUACCGGUUUCAGUUCCCAGCAUCCCGAGAGUGCAGGCCAUGAUCGAGGAGGCGUGGGCUCAAGGCGCAGAUCCUCAGGGUGCUUCACACUUCAAACAUCGACUGCAGGGGACACGGGCUUGGAUAGGAGCUACAGAAAUCUAUGCAGUUCUCACCUCCCUUAGUGUGAAAGCCCGGAUUGUGGAUUUUCACAAGCCCACUGGCCCAGGAGACACACACCUCAGAAUGUUUGAGUGGGUAAAACAAUAUUUCUCACAUUCUGCCAGUAGGAGUGCAAGACUGCCGCCCAAAGUAGUGCAAACAACAUCACCACCUUUAUACCUCCAGCACCAAGGCCACAGUCGCUCGAUUGUAGGAGUGGAACAGAAAGUAAAUGGCAACCUGUUUCUGCUCCUCUUUGAUCCGGAGUUUGCACCUGGGGAAAUAAGGAGAGUGUUGUCACAGAAUACAGUAGCUACUAUGGUACGCCGUAUGCGCAAAUUGCCCGGUGGCCUAAAACACAGACAGUAUCAAGUGGUUGCCGUAGAAGGGGUGCUUACACCCGAAGAGAAACAGAGCCGCAUUCUCAAUUCAAGAACACUAUGUGCUGAGAAAAUUCCUUGAUGCAGUUGUGCACAUCUGCUGCAGUUUUAUGUAUUCCCAGCUACUUUUAUCUACUAGUCUCUUGAAACAGAUUAUGAAACACUGUAUUUUUGUAUAAAUGUCAAACAAUAAUAAAUAAAGAGUUUUAUCUUA